AUGACGCAAGUACUCUACGAAGUUUUCUUUUCAGAGGCAUUCUCAGAACCACCGCGCAAAUGUCCUAGGAUUGUCGGAUUCGUUGAGGAAGUUGUGCGGCUAUACUCGGAUGAGGAGUUUCGCAGGAACUUCAGAGUUUCUAGAAGAUCAGCGGAGGACCUGAUAAGGAGGUUUGAGGACUCCGAGUUCUAUCCACGUAGUGAUCGUGGCGGGUCCCCUUCGAAAACCGCUGAAGAGCACGUUCUGAUCUUCCUUUGGUUCGCUGCAAACAAGGCGUGCCUGAGGAAUGUGGCCAGUCGAUUCGGCAUCGGGGAUGCAACGGCAUUCAGGAUUGUUGAGCGUAUACUUGAUUAUCUAGUGGACAUCGCCAAAGAACUCAUAAUAUUCCCAGCAGACCGCAAUCAGCUAUCGGCAGACUUUGAGAAAGUGUCGGGUGUGCCCAAUACUAUUGGAUGUAUCGAUGGCUCCUAUGCAAGCGUCCGAUGUCCUGCCAAAAAGGUGCGCUCUUCAUAUGUAAACAGGCACAACUACCCAUCGUUGACUCUACAAGCUGUGUGUGACUACGAGAAGAGGUUUCUGGACGUCACAAUCGGCAAUCCGAGUAAAAUUCAUGAUUCAAGGAUCUUCAGAAAGUAUAGGCUUGCCGAGCGGUUGCCUAGCAUUUGUUGCUCUGGGAAGUUCCAUGUGCUUGGGGAUGCUGCUUAUCCACUUCGUGAUUAUCUCAUCACCCCAUUUCGCGACUAUGGACGUUUAAAUUCAAGACAACGAGCCUUUAACCUAAAAUGUUCGGCAACGAGAGUCAAAAUUGAGAGCGCCUUCGGGGACCUCAAGGGCAGGCUCCGCCAGCUGCUGCACUUGGAUUUUUUUUGUGUUGAUAAGAUGAACAAGUUCAUCAUUGCUUGUUGUGUUUUGCGCAACCUCUGCAUUAGUUGUGGUGAUGUCGAUGUGCCACCAUAUAGUGACGACGCAAGCUCAGCAUGUGACUGGCAAGCAACACCAGAUGACGACAGCCAGAACUGCGGCCCCCUGACAUAA